UGUUUUUUCUGUGUACAAAAAUUAGUAUUAUUAUUUUCCAGAACUGCCCUUAACAGUGAAUUUCACUCCGAGAAUAUUAAGUCAAUAAAAAAAAAUCUUCCAUUUCGCGUUUACUCCAUCACGGUGGAAGGAGGUAGAUCAUCCCAAUCCGUGUGUUUGCCAUCUUCGCCUUUGGCUCCGGUAGGCACACGGGUUGAAAUGUCCUACUUUCCUCCCUUGGGGUAUAUCAUACUAUUUUUCGACUUGGUUCAGCAAGUCAAAAGUAAGGUGAAUGACUAUCGUGCUCGAAUUACAGACGAAUAAGUUCAAACUAAGAUCAAAAAAUACAACUAAAUUGAAACUAAGAUGAAAAAAGUUCAAAAAGUUUAAAAAAUUUAAUUUAAGUCAAAAAAGACGAGAUCUUAUCCAAAAAUCGUCGACAAAUCGAUAACUUCAAAAGAAAAUGAGGCGAAGCGAGCCUGAAUCAAGUUUUAUUUUUGACCCGGGUAUCUUUAAUGUUUAGAAAAUAAAACAAUAUAAUCUUCCGAUUCAACGAUUUUUAGUAAUUGAUUCGGUAUUUGCGUCAUUCAUUCUUGGGAAUUUUUAGGUGUCAUACGAUAUUGAUUGUAAUAAUUAAUUUUCGUGAUUUCAUCACUGAUGGCUGAUAAAAAACACAUUUAUUGAGUAAUUAAAAACUGGUGUUAAAAAACUAUCUGUAAAGUUUGACAAUGUUGCAACAUCAUGCCAUUAAUUCUAUAUAAAGUAUAAUGCUCACUUCGAUAAAAUUAUAUAAUUUAAAAAUAAAAUUAAAAAAAAUAUAUAUUUCUGGAUUUUUAGUUACAGUUGAAAUUUUAUUCAUAUUACAGUGCAUAUUUGGUGUCUAAUAAAAUUAAAACUUUUGUUUUUUAAAAUUACAAAAAAAAAAAUGUUUCGGAAAAUACAAUUACUAACAACAUUUAUAAUUUUUAAUAAUUACUGUACGGCUUCUCUUGAUUGGCCAGACAUGACUGAUGUGAAUUCAAUUGACAAUUUUGUAAAGACAUUUAAUUCUCAAAUAGAUAAUGAAUUUGAAGUUCAAAGUGAUAUGGAUGAAUAUUAUAAAAAAAAUGUAAUUAAAAACUUUGCAACAGAAAUGUUAAGUAUAUUUCACGGUUUUAAUAAAUCAUACGAAUAUAAAUCAAAUUUUACAUGGUUAGAUUUUGACAAUAAAUUAAAAAGUCAUCGAAUACGUAGAAAUAGUACAUUAUCAUUAUUACCGCACAUAAUUUUAAAAAGUAUAAAAGAUGAACUUCUUACAAAUGAAAAUUUAACUAACAAUUUUUUUAACAAUAGAAUUCAUAAUACUAUUAAUAAUAUUGAAAAUGUAUGUUUACUUGCCGCAAAUUAUUCAUUUUUUUCAUUUAAAUCAAAAUAUUCAUAUUUAAAAGUUCUUUAUACUGCAUUAACAGAUGAAAUUGAUUUGUGGGAAGUGAAGUCAGACAGCACAGAUCUCGACUGCGAUGAACAUAUAUUUUUACAAGAUUUAUAUGAUAUAUCAAGAGAAAUAAUAAGAGGAUUUUUUUUGAGAUUCUUUAGAAUGAGCAUAGGAUUAAGUUUGAAAUCAAAAUGUACAUAUUCAAAUGUCACUGAAAAAUUAAUUCAUGAAAGGGAAUAUUUCAUGAACAAUGUAAAAGAAUUAAUGAAUUUUACAAAGAAUAAUUUGGGCAAUUAUACAGAAUAUAUUUUUUCCUGUGACUUUGAUAAUCACAUCCGAAAUAAGACAUACAUUGAGUUGGAAAGAAUGAUUCAAGUAGUUAUUCACAACGAAUAUUAUAUGGACAAGGCAGGAAGUUGUUCAUACAAUUGUGAUACAAAACAAAUGACACUUAGCUCUGCAAUGAAUGAAGAGUGCAUGGAUAUAAGUUGCAAUUAUAUGGGAACAAAACUUGAAGUUUGUGAAUUGAGUGAUGAUGUAAGGCGAUACCAAUGGUUUAAAGAUGAAAAUAAUAACGUUUAUGGCAAUAACACUAAUUGUGAAGGAAAAAUGGAAGAAUUAUACAGUUGGUAUCAGUGGACAACACGUUAUUGCGAUUUUUGUGUAUGUACUUGUACCGCCAAGCCGCGAAGAUUAGUACAUAAUGAAAUUACUGCACUUAGUUUUCAAGAUCAAACGUCAGAUACUGACAAAAACCAGAUCGUUGUCGACUUAAAAUUUGUUUUAAAAAACAAUACAAUUUAUAUUGAUAUCAAAGAAGGUAAACUUUUACCACGAGGAAAAAUAGAUAAAAAAAGUUUAGUAUGGAAAUCACUUGAUAAUUGUACCAUUUUUGAUGAUUUUACUUCAUGUCAAUAUCCUCCCAAACCCGGUGAAGCUCGAUAUAUUCGUUUAGUAGCGAGGAAAGAUUUCGGUUAUCCUGGAGUUUUGAAUUUAGAUGAUUUAGUAGCUUCUACAGAAUCAGUCGUUACAGGUGUUCGAUUUCGAUUUGCUGGAGAUUUAAAUACAUUCCCGAAAUUUAAAAACGGUUCUGUAGAACUGCAGAUUCGUGUUACGGAUUUCAAUUACGAAUCAGGUGAACUAUCUAAUACCCAUUAUUGGAUUUCACCAGAUAAGAAUGUGACUAGAGAAGAGUUAAAAUUGGUAAGACCAGAUAACCCAAUAAAGUCUCCAAAAAAUUCACCGAACUUAAAAAAAAACCAAUUUGUUCGAUUCAAAGUAUCGGAUUUAAAAAAAGAUGCAGGUCAGUCAACUGUGCCUUUUUUCGAUGCAAGAGCAAUGGAAAACAAAGUUUUAUUUCCACUAAAAGGUAUUGGGCUUUUGCAUCGCGGUCAUGAUGGCUUUGGAGGAUUUGUAGCUUUCAAACAUUUUAUUAUAAAUCCAUCCAAGUACUUAAAUACUAAUUUGGGUGCUGCCAAAACCAUUAAAACGAUAUCAACAAACCCAUUCAAGUGGGACUUAUUUGCUCAACCAACAUGGUCGCUAUUUCCCAAAACACAAUAAUAUUAAUUGAAUAAUUUAACAAUUCUUAUAUAAAUAAAUUAUUUAUAAAAUAUUUAAGUGAAUAAAUUUAUCUAGUUGCGAAUUCCGAUUAAAGUAAAAUAAAUUUUUUUACUCUCGAUAACGUAAAGAUACAGACGUAUUUAAUUAUUAUCAAUGAUAUUACUUAUGAGACAAAUGAGAAAUAUUAAAGAUUGAAAUAAAAUUAUUUUUUAAUCUGUCUUUAUG